GAUAGUAACUUCCACUCCAUCGUCAAACGACCCAAACAACAUUGACGAAAGAAAAAUCCGGCCGCUCUCGCCUUCGUCUGAAUCCGCCGCGGGCUCUACGAUCAAAAUCUCUACUUCAUUGCUCUGUAAAUUUCUUCCAUUACUGCAAUUUCUGCCAUUUCUAGACCUAGAUCUGUACAAAUUUCUCCGGUUUUUUUCGUUUCUUUUGUUCCAUUUUUCGUCUUCAGAUUUGCCUUUUAUCCGCCCCGCCAAUACGAGAACUAGCGGAUUUUUGGUCAUGUAUAAAUUGUAGGCUUCGUUAGUGAACUUGAGCGGAACCUUUUGUAGUCGAUUAUUUCCUUCUUCGAUCUUCUUGGUAGUUUUCGUAAGAUUUCUUCUUUAUUUUGUCGUCAUUCAAUCAUUCGAUCGGAAACCCUAGCUCCCGCUUUUUUUUGAACGUCGUUAGGGUCGCGAGUCUUGAUCAGUGUGACUAGUGAUGAACAAUAGGGGAAGGUAUCCACCCGGGAUCGGCGCUGGGCGAGGCGGAGGCAUGAAUGCGAGCCCUUCGUUUCAGUCAAGACCACACCAGCAGCAAUACGUACAAAGAAAUUUGGCGCCGAAUCAGCAGUAUCACCAGCACCAACAGCUCCAACAACACCAACAAUGGCUGAAAAGGAACCAGUUAGGUGGCGCUCCUGCCGAUACCGGCGUUGACGAGGUUGAGAAGACCGUGCAGUCGGAGGCUGUUGACUCGAGCUCACAAGAUUGGAAGGCAAGGUUAAAGAUUCCACCACCUGAUACACGGUAUAAAACCGAGGAUGUGACGGCUACCAAAGGAAAUGAAUUUGAGGACUAUUUUCUAAAACGUGAAUUACUCAUGGGAAUCUACGAGAAAGGCUUUGAAAGACCAUCUCCCAUUCAAGAAGAAAGUAUUCCAAUUGCUUUAACUGGCAGUGAUAUUCUUGCUAGAGCAAAGAAUGGAACUGGAAAGACCGCUGCAUUUUGCAUUCCCGCAUUGGAAAAGAUUGAUCAGGAUAACAAUGUAAUCCAAGUUGUUAUCCUCGUACCGACUCGAGAGUUGGCUCUUCAAACUUCACAAGUUUGUAAGGAACUCGGAAAGAAUUUGAAUAUUCAAGUUAUGGUUACAACGGGUGGUACCAGUUUAAAGGAUGAUAUCAUGCGAUUAUAUCAACCAGUUCAUUUAUUAGUUGGAACUCCUGGAAGGAUAUUAGAUCUUGCAAAAAAAGGUGUCUGUGUACUGAAGGACUGUUCUAUGCUUAUCAUGGAUGAGGCCGACAAGCUCUUGUCUCCAGAGUUCCAACCCUCAAUAGAGCAGCUGAUUCGCUUUUUGCCUGCUAAUCGGCAGAUUCUUAUGUAUUCCGCAACCUUUCCUGUAACUGUGAAGGACUUCAAAGAUAGAUAUCUUCACAAGCCCUAUAUUAUAAACUUAAUGGAUGAGCUCACUCUAAAGGGUAUCACCCAAUUCUAUGCAUUUGUUGAAGAAAGACAAAAAGUUCACUGCCUUAAUACUCUUUUCUCUAAGCUGCAAAUUAACCAGUCAAUUAUCUUCUGCAAUUCGGUAAAUCGAGUUGAGUUGUUAGCCAAGAAAAUAACAGAACUUGGUUAUUCUUGUUUCUAUAUUCAUGCAAAGAUGCUGCAAGAUCAUCGCAACAGAGUAUUUCAUGACUUCCGAAAUGGUGCAUGUAGAAAUCUUGUUUGUACUGAUUUAUUUACAAGAGGAAUAGACAUUCAAGCAGUAAAUGUCGUUAUUAACUUUGAUUUUCCCAAGAAUUCAGAGACAUAUCUACAUAGGGUUGGGCGAUCUGGAAGGUUUGGACAUCUUGGCUUAGCUGUGAAUUUAAUCACCUAUGAGGAUCGUUUCAAUUUGUACAGGAUUGAACAAGAACUUGGGACGGAAAUAAAACAAAUCCCACCCCAUAUUGACCAGGCAAUCUACUGCCGGUAAUUUGUGGUGGACAUUGGAUCCCAGGGUACACAUUGGCAGCUCGUCAGAAGAACGGUGAUCUGGCUACGACGGAGGACAUGUUUUCGAGUCAAUAUCAUCACAGAAGACGACCGACUCAGCUUGUGCAGAAUGUUGGCUUGGAACCCUACUAUUAGUUAGAAAGCUAUAGGCCUGAAGACAUUAACAGGAGAUUAGGAUAGAAUGUAGACUGGCUCAUCUAUAAAAUUCCCAGACGGAUGAAUUCUGGGUGCCCCCCCAGUUAUUUGGCUUAUUUUUAUCAUCGUCUUCGUCAUCAACUGACCUGUUUGUUUCUGUUUUAAGUUUCGUCUUUUCUCGUCGUUUGCUCUCUUCCAAGUUUCUGGAUGUACUGUAAUCCUUAAGAAAAAAGUGUCAUCCCCCCAUCCCCCACCCUUCUUUUAUAGACUGCAGUUUCUUCUUCCCCCCUCAAGUUGUUUCAAAUACCUUCAUUUUAAGUUCCAAUGGACAAGGUUGCUGCUUGCAUAAUGGAUUUUUGCCAAAUGGGCUGUUUCUUUUAAA